AUGCUUGCUGCACUUCGUCGAUCUUUUGGCAAGUAUAUAUCCACGGCGCAUAUGCAAUUUCUUCCUGUGUAUCUGAUGCUUCUAGCACAGAAGCUAGUGCUGCAGAACGGGGAACAACUGCUACUACUGUUGCUACUGGACAGUAAAGCAGCAGCAGAGUAUGCUCUUGUGUCCGGGGCAGCUUCAGUUAUUUGCCGCGUUGUUUUCGCGCCCACCGAAAGUGCUGCCUUUGACAGUUUCCGUGUUCUACAAGCCCAGCAUUCUGGGGGAGAUCGUGCAGCUGCUCAGGCGGCACCAGAUGCUGGACGGUUGUUUCCCUCAUCCAGCAUCGCAGCAUGCAAAAAGCAGCAUGUAUCCUCUGCUGGUAAGCAAGUCGUGAAGGAACCGUUCUGCACGCGACGCAAGACUUGCAGCCCUAAAUCACGAGAGGGGAAAAGAGAACAGCACAUCGAUUACCGGCAUCGGGAAGAGUUGGCGCAGUUUUGCUGCGUCGAAAGAAAGGAACUUCUGGAAAGCGAUAGCAAUAGGCGCACUGGCACCGACAGGGGCGAGGCCGGCCCACUGGAAUCUAUGUUUCUUGGCAGGCUGAUGACGUUGCUUUCUCGCCUCAACUCUCCGUCAAAGAUAACGCAAAGCGUGCGGCGCCCUCUGUACUCGCCAGCGUUGUCGCUGUUGCAGCUUCUGUUGCUACUGCAGGGAACCUUGGGGCUUGCUAGUGCAGCCGCCGGAGUUCUAUUUGCCGCUCCGGCCCUCCGCUGCGUCUUCGGCCCAUCAACAGUCGCAUCUGGCAGCGGUUGUGUCCUGACACUGCAAGUCUACUGCUGCUACGUUGGUUGUCUCUCGCUUUUUGGGCUUCUGGAUGCUUACGCUGCUGCAACUAGCAGCAGCACCAGCUUAGAGCUGCUGCAGCGAUGCUACUCGGGUGCGACUGCCGCUCACUUGAUUCUGAUGCCGCUGUCAGUCCGCUUCGCCAUCGCUUAUGGAGUACCUUCUGGAGCAGGGGCUGCAGCCGCUCAGGUUGUGGGUACUAUUAUUCGCAUUAGUUGCUGCUGUCUUUCAAUCUCCAGUGAUAUGAGGACAGCGUCGAAGCUGCGCCCUAUGAAUCGUCAUUUCUCGUUGGAAACCUCAGCGGCUGCACAACGGUCUAUCUCACAAGGCCACAGUGGCAGCUUUGGCAGAAAUACCGGAAAACAUGAUAGCAGUCAAAGUGUUUCUGCGUCGUCAGAAGCUAUCGAUAUUGAGGGCAUGGCGCGUCGAAAUGCGGCAGUCAAGCAUCCGCCAGGGACUACAGCGACACUGGCGUAUGAUAUGCAGCAGGUCUUUCUUGGCAAGUACGCGAUAUCUCUGUGGGUGGCAGAGAUAGCGUUAGGUUUACUCGUGUGCGUUGCUUCGUUUGCUGUUGUGGGGCCGUUGCUCAUGCAGUACGUGCGGGAGGCUUACUCCUCCUGUCACGCCAUCUAG